UGAAACUUAUUACAGUGAUUUUGAUUUGAACGAAAACGUUGUUGGACGAACACUUCAUUUUCUGUGCCACAAAACAGUUUUUUUCAAUCAUAUCUUUAUUAUUUUUUUGUUAAAAAUAUUUAAAGCUUUUAUAAAAUAAAAAAAUUAACAAAAGGAAAAGAGAAAAUUAAUUUAUAUUAAAAUAGCAAAAAAAUGUUUUUCAAAAAAUUAAAAUAAAACAAAGUGAAAAGAAUCAAUCAGUAAAAGAAUUUUUAAUAAAAAAUAAUUAAAUUUGUUCUAAAAAAUAAAACGCAAGGAAAAAAUUAAUUAAAUUUUAAUAAAAACAAGCUAUACAAAGUUUAAACAAAUUGUUGAAAAAAAAACAAUUUUUUUUUUUUGGAAUUAAAAAUUUGAAUAAACGAAACAAACAGCCAAACAGAAAUUAAUAUUAAAUUAAAACAACAACAAGUGUUUAAAAGUUAUAAACAAGUGUUUGCAGUUUUCAUUAAAUUGAAACAUUUCGUGCCAAGAGUUUGCAACAGUUAUACAACAAUUUGCAAGGAUUAACAGUUUUAGCAAAAUUUAUUAAGAAUUUUUUCCUAAAAAGGAUAAUAAAAGAAACAGAAAUUAACAACGUUUUCAACACAUUUUCUCUAAAUAACAAAUAGUCAAAAUGAAUUUUGUCACAGCAAUUUAUGAUGGCUGGCGAGAUCUUAUGGACAAUAAAUCAGAUCCCAGAACGAGAGAUUUUCCACUUAUGAGUUCGCCCUUUCCCACAAUUGCCAUCAGUUUAACAUAUGCCUACUUUGUAAAGGUACUUGGUCCCAAAUUAAUGGAAAACAGAAAACCUUUCGAAUUACGCAAAGUUUUAAUUGUUUACAAUUUUGCACAAGUUCUUUUCAGUGCCUGGUUAUUUUAUGAGUCUUGUAUUGGUGGCUGGUUAAAUGGUUAUAAUUUAAGAUGUGAACCUGUAGAUUAUUCAUAUUCCCCCAAAGCCCUAAGAACGGCGCGUGGUUGUUGGUGGUAUUUCUUUUCAAAAUUCACCGAAUUCUUUGAUACUUUCUUCUUUGUGAUGCGCAAACGUUACGAUCAAGUUUCUACUUUGCAUGUGAUACAUCAUGGUAUUAUGCCUGUGUCCGUUUGGUGGGGUGUUAAAUUCACUCCCGGUGGCCAUUCGACUUUCUUCGGUUUCCUCAACACUUUCGUGCACAUUAUCAUGUACACUUACUAUAUGUUGGCUGCCAUGGGUCCCAAGGUUCAAAAGUAUUUGUGGUGGAAGAAGUACUUGACUGUCUUGCAAAUGAUUCAAUUUGUUUUGGUGAUGGUCCACUCCUUCCAAUUGUUCUUCAAAAAUGACUGCAACUAUCCCAUUGGUUUUGCUUACUUCAUUGGAGCCCAUGCUGUUAUGUUCUACUUCUUGUUCUCCGAUUUCUAUAAACAAGCCUAUUUGAAGAGAGAAAAGGACAAGGCUGCCUUGAAAGCUGCCCAGUCCCAGAGCAAUGGUGCCAUUAAAUCUCAUCAGAAUGGCUCUGCUUACAGUAAAGAAGUCAAUGGUAAUACCAAAUUUGCCGAUUCCAUGUCUAAACUAGACGAUGCCUCUCUAACAUCACCAACUGCCAAAACGACGAGACAAAGAGUAUUUGCUGCUGGCAAUAAUUAAUUAAAUGUUUAAUUAAUAACAAUUCAAUUCAAUGAAUUUUUAUUUGUUCGUAUUAAUUAAUUAGGGCGUGCCGGUUGCGUGCGUAUAUAAAUAAUGAUAUGUAUGUGUUUUAUAUAAUUAAUUUAUUAAUUUUUUAAUAAACAUAAUUUGUAUUUAGUUUUUAAAAUAUUAUCUAGUAAUUGUAAGUUUAUUUUAUUAUAAUUAUGUAAUAAUAAUUAAAUUACAAUUAGCAAACAAAGGAAUCAAAAACAGAAAAGAACUCUAAACGUGUACAACCAACAAAACCAAACAGCCGCACAGAAGUUCUGCUUUAAAGGCAAAAAUCAAUCAUACAGUUAAGCAAAAAUAGUUGUUAGUUUGAACACUUAUAAACUUUAUUAAACACUUUUAAUCCAAAUAGUAAAAUUUGAUAGCUUUUUUUUAAGCGAAUUUAUCUGUUUGGUAAUAAAAAGCAGCAAUAUUUACUAUUUGUUAAACUAUGCAUAUGUAUAUAUGUAUGUACUGUGUAGUAAGUCCAUAACUUUGUUGCUUAAAGUCCCAAAAUACCUCUUUGCAAAUAUUGAAAUCACUGUAAUAUUUAAUUUUAAUGGUUUUGUGUUUUAAUGUAAAAUACUCCAUCAAACCCUGUACUGUUUGUUGGUAUUUGUCUGGUAGUUCUUUGUAUAGGUUUUUAUUAUUAAAAUCAGUUUUGCAAUAAUACAA